AUGGAGGAGGAGAAGAGUAGGCACCGGAAGUACCGCAGGGAUAAGCCCUGGGACGAUGAUACCAUAGAUCACUGGAAAAUCGAACCUUUUACCAAGGAGGAGAAUGAGCCUUCUCUCGUAGAGGAGAGUUCAUUUCGCAUACUAUUUCCAAAAUACAGAGAAAAAUAUAUACAAUCCGUUUGGGGCGACGUUAAAAAUUGUUUAUCGCAAUAUCACAUAAACUGUGAGCUGGAUUUGCUGGAAGGGUCGAUGACUGUAAUAACUACUGAUAAAACCUGGGAUCCUUACAUAAUAAUUAAAGCCAGAGAUUUGAUUAAAUUAUUGGCGAGGAGUGUUCCUUUUCCUCAGGCUAAGAGGAUACUUGACGACGGCGUUUACUGUGACAUUAUUAAAAUCGGAGGGUUAAUUAGGAAUAAAGAUAAAUUUAUUAAGAGGAGACAAAGACUCGUUGGACCAGGCGGUUCAACCCUUAAAGCGCUGGAAUUACUCACAGAAUGCUAUAUACUAACUCAAGGUCAAACAGUAUCAGUUAUCGGGUCAAUCAAGGGUAUUAAAACUGUUCGUAAAAUUGUCGAGGAUUGCAUUUACAAUAUCCACCCCGUCUACUAUAUCAAGGAAUUGAUCAUUAAAAGAGAACUAAGCAAAAAUGAAAAAUUAAAAAAUGAGAACUGGGACAGAUUUUUACCGCAGUUUAAGAAGCGUUGUGUGAAGAGGAGGAAGGUUAAGGUUGUGAGGAAGAAGAAAGAGAAUUCAUUACUUAUACCAGAGCAGCAACCGAGGAAGGAGGAUAUUUUACUGGAGACUGGCGAGUAUUUUAUGCGUGAGGAGGAGCGGAAGAAGAAGAAACAAUUUGAACAACGGCAAAAGCAAAAACAAAAACACCAAGAAAAAAAAUUAAAAAAAUUACAAAUUUAUGAAAAAAAUGAUUCAAACAAUGCCAAUGAGGACGGUUCUACAAGUGAACCUAAAAGUAACCAGAGUGAAAAAUCGGAUAAAAAAUUAACUAGUAAAAAAAGUACGAAACCAGCCUCAAAAGAUUAUUUCAUAUAA